GGCAUUUAUUAUGGCCAAGGUUGCAGCUGGGGGAGGAAGUGGUGACAGUGCGAGUCCUGUGAAUGAGUUUGGUGAUAUUAUCAGAUGGCGAUCAGAUGAGCAUGAUGAUGUACAGAAGAAAACAUUCACAAAAUGGAUUAAUGUGCGCUUUGUAAAGAACGGAAAACCAACGAUCAAGGAAUUGUUUGAUGACCUCCGAGAUGGCAGAAAACUCUUAGAUCUUCUGGAAGGGCUCACAGGACACACAUUUACCAAAGAACGUGGCACGACCAGAGUGCAUGCCCUCAACAAUGUCAACAGAGUUCUGCAUGUUCUGCAGCAAAAUAAUGUGGAGCUUGUAAAUAUAGGCGGAACUGAUAUUGUCGAUGGAAAUCGUAAAUUGACCCUUGGGCUUAUUUGGAGCAUCAUUCUACAUUGGCAGGUCAAAGAUAUAAUGAAAGCUGUAAUGUCAGAUCUACAGCAGACAAACAGUGAGAAGCUUUUGCUCAGCUGGGUUCGCCAAUCAACUCAACCCUACAAACAGGUCAAUGUUCUCAAUUUUACAACAAGUUGGGCUGAUGGACUUGCGUUCAAUGCUAUUCUUCAUCGGCACAAACCAGGUCUGUUCAGUUGGGAUAAAGUUACUAAGAUGACUGCAGUGGGACGGCUUGAACAUGCAUUCAAUAUCGCUAAGCAACAUCUGGGGAUCGAGAAACUACUGGACUCUGAAGAUAUUGCUGUUACCCUGCCUGACAAGAAAUCCAUCAUUAUGUAUGUAACAUCUUUAUUUGAGGUGCUCCCUCAGCACAUCAGCAUGGAAGCCAUCCGUGAAGUGGAGACUCUGCCAAGACAGCACAAGGUUGAAUGUGCUGAGAGUCCUUCCUCUCAUGAGCUGGACGUGACCUCUGAAAAAGUGGCAUUGAAUUCUGGAGCUUCAGCUCCCAAGACAGUGACAGAAAUAGAAGUGGACUUGGACAGCUAUCAAGCAGUUCUUGAGGAGGUCUUGACAUGGCUAUUAUCAGCUGAAGAUACUCUUCAGAUGCAAGAUGACAUCUCCACUGAUGUAGAGGAAGUGAAGGAGCAAUUUCACAUUCAUGAGGCAUUUAUGAUGGAGUUGACUGCUCACCAGAGUAAUGUGGGUAAUGUACUUCAGGCUGGAAAUCAACUCAUUGCACAGGCCAAUCUUACAGAAGAGGAGGAGGAUGAGAUCAGAGAGCAGAUGACUUUGCUUAAUUCCAGAUGGGAAGCGUUGAGAGUUGAAAGCAUGGACAGACAAGCCAAACUCCAUGAAGUGCUAAUGGAAUUACAGCAGCAGCAACUGCAACAACUAUCCAACUGGCUGACUCAGACAGAAGCGCGUAUUCGAAAGAUGGAAGCACAGACUGCAGGGGAUGACCUGGAGUCCUUCAAAGAAAAGAUUGAGGAGCAUAAAGUGUUACAAAAUGACUUGGAGAUGGAGCAGGUGAAGGUGAACUCUCUGACCCACAUGGUGGUGGUAGUGGAUGAGAGCAGUGGUGACAGUGCCACAGCUGCACUGGAGGAUAAGUUACAAUCAUUGGGAGAGCGCUGGGCAGCCGUUUGUCGAUGGACUGAAGAGCGAUGUCAAUUGCUGCAGAAUAUCUUCACAAGAUGGCAGCAACUAUCGAAUGACCAGCUGCUGCUUGACGCAUGGCUCACCAAGAAAGAAGAUGCUUUCAGUGACCUCCAAACCAGCAGUGUCAAGGCUUUGUGUGAGACUGAAAUGACCAGCAGUAGACUGGAAAUUCUGAAGGGAGAUCUGCAAAUGAAAUGUCCAACAUUGGAUCAGUUGGGUAAGGAUGGCCAAGAUUUAACAGAAUUACUUAAUAAUAGUAAUUCAUCAAAGAAAAUUGAAGGCAUUUUGAGAGAGCUAACACAAAGGUGGAACAGUUUGGUCCAGCAACUGCAGGAUUGCUCCAAACAGUUGUUGGAAUCUGAAACGAGGUCUGCUAAUCAGAAGGAAGUCUCGGGAAUGAUCAUGACAGAAUGCACAGUUCCGAAGCAGGACUUGACCCCUCCGCCGCCACCAAAGAAAAGACAACUGCAUGUGGAUGUAGAAUCCAGGAAUAAGUUCACAGCAGAUGCUAGUGACCUUCUGAACUGGAUCAACAAAUCAAAGCAUGAGAUUCAAACUGUGAUCUUCAAUGACUUCAGGAGGAAGAAGGAUAUUUCUGGCAUGAAGAAAAAGUUGAAGACAUUGGAAAAAGAAAUGGCUGAACGUGAGGGACAAUUGAAGGAAAUAAGACAAAGAAGACAGGCCUUGCUUGAACCAAUGGAGAAAGAAGGGCUGUCAACAGAAGAACUGAUGCACAUCCUGGACAAGGUGUUAGCAGAAUGGAACAACAACAAACAGCAAAUGGAGAGGUUGAGCCACAAAGUCCAAUAUCAAGAGGACCUAAACAAUAUUUAUCAAGAGUUGCAUGAGCUUGAAACGAUAAUAAAAUGCAAAGAAGACUGGCUGAAGAGCAUGACCAGUGGUAAAGCGAAUGAGUCUUGUCAGGAUCAAAUCAUCCAGUUGCUCGAUGUAGCUCCAAGUUUAGAGAAACUACUGGCUCGUGGGGAAGUGCUCAUCAGUGAACCUGGAGCUCCCAACUUCCUCCAGGAGGACUUUAAUAAUACAAACAAUCGAUACAGAUCAAUUCUUCAGAAACUACAGACAAAACAGCAAUUGCAACAAGGGUCGGAAUGUCCUCAGAAUGUAGAUGCUCUAAAGACCUUAAAAACAGUCCUGGAUCAAUCUGAAGCUCAAGUUAAACAAGAGUGGAGUACAAUGGUUAAUCUUGAAACAGCUCAGAAAACAUUGAAGAAGACUGAGACUUUGCAGAAUGAAUUGAAAAAUCAUCAGCCAGAAAUGGACAGACUGGCUUCAGGGCUAGGAAAAAAGAAGGAUGAGCUAGUGACGUCUGCUAAUAAGACAUACAACAUGGAAUUAGAGGCAAUUCAAGUACGAUGGCAAAAGCUAAUAGCUAAGCUUCAGAAUGAUAACCAGGUGCUGGAGGAUGUGAUAUCAAAAUUGCAGCGACUUAAGGAAAAUUCAGAUGCCGUGGAAAAGUGGAUGGAGGAUGUUGACACCUUCUUGUCCAAUGAGACUGCUGCAUUAAGCAAUCAGGCAGGAUUUCAUCAGCAGUUGGAAAAGUGCAAGGCAUUUGUGAAUGAAAUUCCGAAAGUUCAGUCCAAUUUAACAUCAAUGAAUGAAAUUCAGGAGUCACUGAAAAAGCUGCCAGUCCCAGCCAUCUCUAAUUCUGUAGCAACUCACAUGACAGACUAUCAGACACGAUGGAACAAAGUGAAGAACCAGAUUAUGUCUCAACAACUAAGAUUGUCUGAGGGCCAAACAAAGACAAUGAAUUUACGGAAAGAUCUUGUGGAGAUGCGUGAGUGGAUAACACAGGCAGAAGAGGAUUAUUUAGAGAGGGACUUUGAAUACAAGUCACCGGGGGAAUUGGAAAUUGCUUUGGAGGAAAUAAAGCGAGCAAAGGAAGAGGUGCUGCAGAAGGAAGUAAGAGUUAAGAUACUGAAAGAUAACAUAAACACAAUAAUUAAGAAAAUGCCUCCUGCUGAUCAGCAAUUGAUGAAUAGUGACCUUCAUGAUGUUUUGGAGAACUACAAGAGGCUCUGUGAUCGGAUUGAAAGAAAAUACUUAACUUUAAAGGAGGUCUGGUCUUGCUGGUGUGAGUUGCUUCAUUACUUGGACUUGGAAAACAAUUGGUUAAAUAAUCUGGAGGAGAAGUUGAAAACCGCAGUAAAUGUUUCAGACAACACCAAAGCUGUUAAUGAGGCCCUUGAGUCCCUUGAGUCUGUGCUACGCCAUCCUGCAGAUAACCGAACUCAGAUCCGUGAACUAGGCCAAACGUUGAUUGAUGGUGGGAUUUUGGAUGAGCUCAUAAGUGAAAAGCUGGAGGUUUUUAAUGCUCGAUAUGAAGAGCUCAGUCAUCAGGCUGUGAAUAAGCAGAUUUCCCUUGAGCAGCAUUUACAAAUGUCCCAAGAAAAUGAACAACGAAUAAAUUACCUGCAGGAGUCCCUCGGACAACUGGAUAAGCAAUUAACUUCAUAUCUGACAGAUCGCGUGGAUGCCUUGCAGAUACCACAAGAAGCUCAGAAAAUUCAGGCAGAUAUUGUAGCCCAUGAAACCAGCUUGGAAGAGUUGAAGACCAGUAAUGUGGGAAGUCUUCCAUUAGUAGAUAACAGGCCCCAUUCUCGAGGUGGCACUCAGUUGGAUUUGCUUCAGAGGAAACUUCGAGAAGUAUCAACAAAAUUUCAGCUGUUCCAGAAACCUGCAAAUUUUGAGCAGCGAAUGCUUGACUGUAAAUGUGUUUUGGAUGGUGUUAAAGCUGAAUUGCAUGUGCUGGACAUGAGAAAAGUUGACCCUGAGGAAAUAGAGUCACAAUUGGAUAAUUGUAUGAAACUGUAUAAAACUCUGAGUGAGGUGAAGCUGGAAGUGGAAACAGUGAUAAAGACAGGAAGGCAGAUUGUUCAGAAACAGCAGACGGACAACCCCAAGCAGAUGGAUCAGCAGCUCACAGCCUUGAAGCUCAUGUAUAAUGACUUGGGUGCUCAGGUCACUGAAGGGAAGCAGGACCUCGAAAAGGCCUUGCAACUAUCUCGCAAGUGGAAGAAUGAGACCAAAUCACUGUCAGAGUGGCUGAGCUCAACCGAAGGUGAAGUGAGCCUUAAAUCUUCUGGAGAAGUGAGGUCUGAUAACUUAGAUGCAGAAAUCAAAUGGAUUAAACUAGUUCUGAAAGAUUUGGAGGCAAAGAAAAAUGAACUCAGUGGUAUCACUGAGAGUAGUACAGCCCUGCAAUGUCUGGUCGAAGGCAGUGAAGGAGUUCUAGAGGAUAACCUUUGUGCACUGAACAGUAGUUGGAACAGUGUCCACACUCUAGCACAGAGUUGGAGUGCCAGACUAUUGGAUCAUCAGCAUCAGAUGGAAGACUUCAAUCGGAAAGUUGCCCACAUAAGCACCUGGCUGUAUCAAACAGAAAUUCUGCUCGAUGAGAUUGAUAAGAAGACAGAUGUUGAAAAGAAUGAAUUACUUAAGUGUUUUCAGUCUGAACUGGAUGGAAUCAACUUGCAAGUUGAUGAUGUUCGUGACCAAGCUAUUUCACUCAUGAAUGAUAAUGGCCCUUCGUGCCGGGAAGUGGUGGAACCAAAACUCAUUGAACUAAAUCGUAAUGUGGAGAAGGUUUCCCAGCACAUCAGAUCAGUCAAGCUGGAAGCAGCAAUGCAAGCAGCUACAAACCUUGAAAAUGGGUUCCAGUCAGGAAUGAAGACUGAUGCAAAUUCAAGCAUUGAUCUAGAUCACUUUGAAUCUGAGUUACAAAUCAAGAUAAACAACUUGGAAAGAAAGUUGGAGUGCUUUGCAGAAAUUCCCAGUGAUGAUGAAAAGAUGGAUGAAGAGAAAGCAAAUGUGGAAGAGAUGCUGCAGAAAGGGCAGAGCCUACUGCAGACUAUUGAUGAUGAAAGACGGAAACAAUUCCAAAGAAAGCUGAACCUUCUGCAAACAAAAUUUGCUCAUAUUAAGGAAGCAAGAUUAAUCUGGAAAGGGCAGCUGAAAGAGCAUCAUCUUGGGUGGUGCCAGUACAAAAGAGAGGGAAGUGAAUUCAUGGAAUGGCUGGAUGACAUUGAACAGGAGCUAGUGGAUUCUGGCUCAGAAGAUGGAAGAUUAAAGGAAGCCACAGUUAUUGCUGCCCAUUGCAGUCCAAGUCCAGCAAUGGCAUCGCAGUAUUUCCCAUCAGAUUAUCUUUUGGACAUUAACAAGGCAUUGCUGGCUCUGGCUGAUGUUGAGCUACUAUUGAAUGCACCAGAAUUACACAGUGGAAAAUAUGAGGACUUUUCCAGCCAAGAGGAUUCCCUUAAGAAUAUAAAAGACACAUUGGAGAAACUCAGUGAGCAAAUUGAGGACAUCCAUGAGAAUCAGCCUGAUGCCUUACUUGAAGCUUCUGCAGCUGAGGUUGUACAAAUCGGUGAUGCACUGACACAGCUCCAUGCAUUAUGGGACAAAGUGAACAGAACGUACAAUGAUCGCAAAAGUUGUUUUGAUAAAGCUGUGGAGGAGUGGCGGCAGUUUCACUGUGACUUGAAUGACCUGAAUCAGUGGGUGGUAGAAGCUGAAAAGUUAUUGCCACAUGCUCGAAGCCAAAAUGGCAACCUGGAUUUGGAGAAAGUGAAGCAAAAUCAACAGGAGUUGGAAGAAGGUCUCACCAGUCAUCAGAUUGUAUACAUGACACUAAAUGCCACUGGCACAGAUAUCAUACGGCAUCUUUCAACAGCGGAUGGAUCUCUCCUGCAGGAAAAACUUAAUAGAUUAAAUAAACGUUGGAGGGCAAUUUCUUUGGCAGUCAGAGACCGACGUCAAAGGCUGGAAGGAGAUGGACAGCGAUAUGCUGAUUUAAGGAAUCAGCUUGAUGAAUUCAGUAUGUGGGUGGACAAGGUGCAGAACUCCUUAAGGGCUGUGCAUUCACUACCAAGGGAGCAUGAUUUAAAGGAACUAAAGAUUCAUGCAGCAGAUCUGGAGGUUCGUAGUAAUAACUUGAUCACAAUGAAUAGUAAUGCUCAAGAUUUGCUUUCUGAUAAAAACCUCAGUCUGCAAGAGAGAGACAAACUUUCUGCAAUUCUUCGAAAUAUUAAUUCAAUUUGGAGUAAGAUGUCCAAAGAAUUGCCAGUUAAAAUGAAAAAUGUAGAGUUACAGCUUCAAGGUUAUGAUCACUUCAAAGAAAGUUUGGAGAAGCAUGCCAAUUGGGCAGCAGUUACCAGGCAGCAGUUAGUUCCCAGGACAUCACCAUCACCCGGAACAAAGCAAUUUCAGUUGUUAGAAGCUGCUGUGAGAGAACACGAAAUGGGCAUUGAGACAACCCUUUCGAAAGCUGCAGAGCUGGACAGGAAAAGCUAUUUGCAUCCUGAAGAAAAGAGUAAAGUGGCACAGCUUUCUGUUGACUGGAGAACUCUGAACACUGCAUUCAAAGAUUUUAGUCAACAAGCUCUUAUGGGAUGGAGCCAAGAAAUGACACACCCAAAGGUCACAGUUCACUCAACUGUUCAGACAGUCACCUUGGUAUCAGCAGCAGCUCCAUCUGCAGCAUCCACUCAGCUUGUUAAGCGUGAAACCUCCUCUCUGGAUUCUGAAUCUUUAAUGCCUGCAGAUUUGGAUAAGUCAGCAACGGAGCUUAUCAGCUGGUUGACCCUUAUUGAUCAGAUGAUCAAGUCAAACAUAAUUACAGUUGGUGAUCUAGAGGAAAUUGAUAAAGCUAAUGUUUGCCUGAAGACCACAAAGAGCGACUUGGAGCAACGGCGUCCCUGGCUCGAUGCUAUCUUCACUCUUGCUCAGAACCUGAAAAAUAAAGCUGCUGACCUGGAGGAACGUGCUACAAUCACUGAACGAUUGGUAAGAGUCCAAAACCAAUGGGACAGCACGCAACACAGACUGGAGGCACGGCAGCAGCAGCUGGAACAUCUGCUCAAUGAUAGCAUGCAGUGGGAGGAAGAUUUGCAGGCAACUGAAAGACUGGUUGGUCAGAGUGAAAUUCGCCUACAGUCCCUGCAGCAAGUUACCCCAGAUCCCCUUGCCUCACAGCUUGCAGAAAGCAAGCACUUCUUACAGGAGUUACAUGGAGGACAGUUCACAGUGGCUUCUUUCAAUGAUCUAUCUAACAAACUGCUGCGUGAUUAUGCAGCUGACGAUACUCGGAAGGUGAAAGAAAUUACAGAGAACAUCAACAUGUCCUGGAAUAAUAUUAAUCAGAGAGCCAGUGAGAGAGUUGGGCACCUGGAGUGUGAUCUGAAACAAAUGCAGAACUUGCUGCAGGAACUGGAAGGCAGCCUACUGUGGCUGCAGGAAAUUGAAGGAGAUCUUAAUGACUUGGCUAAAGCAGCUCAAAAAGAAGAUACUUCAAAGGACAGUGCUGAACUCAAGGAACUGAAGCAUCAAUGGCACGAUAUCCAGGCUGAGAUUGAUGCUCACAAUGACAUUUUUAAGAACAUUGAUGGCAACAGACAAAAGAUGGUGAAGGUCUUGGGUAAUUCAGAGGAAGCUGUCUUGCUCCAGCAACGUCUUGAUGACAUGAACCAGCGAUGGAGUGAUCUGAAGUCAAAAUCUGUCAAUAUCAGGGUUCAUUUGGAAGCCAAUGCAGAACGAUGGAACAGGUUGCUGACAUCAUUGGAAGAAUUAAACAAGUGGUUAAAUCUCAAAGAUGAAACACUGACAAAACAGAUGCCUGUUGGAGGUGAUGUUCAGACUUUACUGCAGCAGCGGGACCACUGUUGGGGACUCAAACGUGAGCUACAGAAUAAGGAAGACGCGAUCUUAACUGCUCUGGAUUCUGCACGAUUAUUCCUUGCAGAUCAGCCCAUAGAGGGGCCCGAGGAGCCACGACGUCAUUUGCAUGUUAAAACUGAAUCUACCCCUGAAGAGAAAGCACAGAAGAUUGCAAAAGCAGUACGCAAACAGUCAACAGAAGUGAAGGAAAAUUGGGAGCAGUUGAAUAUUCAUGCCAACAGCUGGCAGAAGCAGGUAGAAAAGGCCCUAGAGAAACUGCAAGAACUGCAAAAAGCUAUGGAUGACUUUGAGGCCCAUGUGGUAUCAGCUGAAAGUAUCCGCAAUGACUGGCAACCUGUAGGAGACCUACUUAUUGAUUCUUUGCAAGAUCACAUUGACAAAACCACAGCUUUUAAAGAGGAAAUUGUUCCAAUGAAACAAGAAAUCAAAAUAUUAAAUGACCUGGCUGGUCAGUUAUCUCCUCUUGAUGUCACUUUGUCUCCCAAGACUUCUCAUCAGCUUGAUGACCUAAAUAUGCGGUGGAAACUGAUAAAGGUUGCUGUUGAGGAUCGAAUCAAGCAGUUGCAAGAAGCGUACCGGGAUUUUGGUCCAUCAUCACAACAUUUCCUUUCCACAUCUGUUCAGUUACCAUGGCAGAGAGCUGUAUCACACAACAAUAAGGUGCCAUACUACAUCAAUCACCAGACUCAAAGUACCUGUUGGGAUCACCCAAAAAUGACAGAACUCUUCCUUUCCUUGGGUGAUUUGAACAAUGUGCGGUUUUCUGCUUACCGAACUGCGAUGAAGAUCCGCCGACUGCAGAAAGCGCUCUGCUUGGAUCUGUUGGAAUUGAAUACAGCACAUCGCAUCUUCGAACAACAUAAAUUAGUACAAAAUGAGCAGCUUCUAAAUGUGACUGAGGUGAUCAACUGUUUAACAACCAUUUAUGAUGGCUUGGAGCAAAAUCACAGGGAUUUAGUUAAUGUGCCACUCUGUGUUGACAUGUGCUUGAACUGGUUACUUAACGUCUUUGAUACGGGUAGGAGUGGAAGGAUCAGAGCGUUAUCUUUGAGGAUUGGAUUGAUGUGCCUAUCCAAGGGUCUUCUGGAAGAAAAAUAUAAAUAUCUUUUCAAGCAAGUAACUGGACCCAAUGAUUUGUGUGACCAGCGAAGCCUGAGCCUCUUGCUUCACGAUGCAGUACAGAUUCCUCGCCAGCUUGGGGAAGUAGCUUCGUUCGGAGGUAGCAACAUAGAACCAAGUGUCCGCAGUUGCUUCCAAUAUGCUCAGAACAAGCCAGAGAUUGAUGCUAAACUGUUUGUAGAAUGGAUGAGACUGGAGCCUCAGUCCAUGGUCUGGCUACCUGUUUUACACCGAGUAGCAGCUGCUGAAACUGCAAAACAUCAGGCGAAGUGUAACAUCUGCAAAGAAUGCCCGAUCGUAGGCUUUAGGUAUCGAAGCCUCAAACACUUCAACUAUGACAUCUGCCAAAGUUGUUUCUUUUCAGGACGUACAGCAAAGGGACACAAAUUGCACUAUCCGAUGGUGGAAUACUGUACCCCGACAACAUCAGGUGAAGAUGUACGUGAUUUUACUAAAGUGCUGAAAAAUAAGUUCAGAUCAAAGAAGUACUUUGCCAAGCAUCACCGUCUGGGUUACCUGCCUGUACAAACAGUCCUAGAAGGUGAAAAUCUUGAAAUUCCUGUUACACUCAUCAGCAUGUGGCCUGAACAGUAUGACCCUGCACAAUCUCCACGGCUGUCCCAAGAUGAUACACAUUCCAGAAUAGAACACUAUGCCAACAGGCUGGCACAGAUGGAGAGAACUAACGGAUCUCUGCUCACCGACAGUAGUUCUGCCACAGGAAGUGUUGAUGAUGAACACGCACUAAUUCAACAGUUCUGUCAAACACUGGGGAGCGAAUCACCUAUAAGCCAGCCCCAAAGUCCUGUUCAGAUCCUCAAGUCAGUAGAGAAAGAAGAACGGAGUGAACUGGAACGCAUCAUUGCUGAUCUUGAAGAAGAGCAAAGAAAUCUACAAGCUGAGUAUGAACGGUUAAAGCAACAGCAGAUUCUGAGAGGUGCAAAGCCCAUGCCAUCACCACCUUUCUCACCGACUCAACAGAGCUAUCAAGAUGCUGAGCUAUUGGCUGAAGCCAAGCUCCUCCGACAACACAAGGGGAGACUGGAGGCCAGAAUGCAGAUUUUGGAGGAUCACAACAAGCAGCUUGAAUCACAGUUGUGCCGGCUGAGAAAACUAUUGGAAGAGCCAUUAACAGAAUCAAAGCUGAAUGGAGUUAAUGCAGUUUCUCCAUCUGCAUCCUUUCAACUUGCUGAAAAUGGUCAAACAUUUAAUGAGGACUUCAGCUCACAGACAGAUGAAUUAUUGAUCCCACCCCAGGACACAAGUACAGACCUCACAGAUGUCAUGGAACAAAUCAAUAGUUCUUUCCCUGGUUGCAGCCAUAACGAUGCAGCAAUUUGUCCCACUCACCAGAAACAUUGAGGUUACCAUUUCCUGCAAUUACCAACAGCGGUUAUGAAGGAAAGGAGAAAGGAAUCAGACCUGAAGAGAAUCAUUCAUUCCACAAGUCUGCCUUGCUGAAGGAGCAUAACUCUGAAGAUCCAGUCCUAGUAGUUUUAACUAUUGCCUGCUCUUCUUUGCUUUUGCUAUGCAAUUGUAAAAUAAUGAAAUGUAAAAUGUUGAAGUUUGCAAAAAAAGUACCUUUAUUUGUACAAACAUGCACCUCGCAGAAGGAAAACUUUUUAUCACUUUUUACUCAUGGUGUGAGAGGAUGUUGAUAUGACCGUCACAAGCUCUCCUUGCAUUUUACACUGUUUUAAAGAAAAUAAUACUCUCUCUAACACCAGCCUUUUAGAAAAUAGCCUUACAAAUAUGUCUCUGAAUGUUCACUAAAGAAAGUAGCUUAUUUUUGAAGUUCUGCCAAAGUCUUGCAAAUAUGUGAGGAGAAAUUUUCUCCUCUUUAGUGUGAAUUUUAAUGAUCUGUGCCCAAGCAAAUUUUAUGAAUAGGAAAGAUAUUUUAAUGUAUUGUAGCAACGUAAAGCCAUGACCACCUUUCUACCUCAAGCUCUCCUUCCUUUGUAAUCAUUCUUACACAGUACAUUCCACUGCAUAUUAGCUUUCAUUUGCAUCAUACCAAAUGGCAGAAGGGUCUAAGUAUUCAGUUAGUCCUGAUUUGCUGGUGUCUUCAUUUCUAUUUGAUUAUUUUGCUUAGGUAUAAUUAAUGAGAAUUUGCCCUACACCCUACUUAAAGCACCCACCCGUCACCUGAAUGACAGAAUCACUGACCCAUAAGGUUGGUUCCACCACUACACUACAAUCUUCUCUUCGUUCAGUAAUUGACAUUAUAUUUUAACAUGGGAAGGCACCAUGUGAUCUUUGAGGUAUAUAAACUAUAUCUUAAGUCCUGAUCACAUCUGACAUCACUACAUAAUUCAUUCAAAAUAAAGUUCAUUUAUACAACAAACAAAAACAGAAAAUGCCUUGUCAUUUUUACCACUGUAGCUUCACUGUUAUUGUUGGUUGCUUUGUGAUGUUUGCUGUGGUCUCUAGAAGGAAAUACAGUGCUUUUGGCUGCUUACAUUCCAGUGCUUGAAUAAAAAUAAUCUGUGGUCUGGUGUUAACAAGAAUCAAAAUAUAUAAUUUAAUAUUGUUCUUAUCAAUGUUAGGUUUCAGAUUUCAUACCAGGCCUACUGGACACCAAGGAAUUCCAAUAUUGUCUCUUGCUGAACUAACAUGCUUCAACCUAUUUCUUGGCUAGAGGGCAAAAAGCUGACAUUUCAUUCUAAAGUUCUUCUAUAGGAGAAAAUAGAAUAAGCAUCAGUAAACUUCAAUCCAGCAGCUGAGUAAGAUAAUUAACACUGAAAAGGCAGAUAAUGUCCCGUACAUUCAGACUUGAGAACAAGUAUGUAAUCAACUUAAAAUUGAGAAUUUGUAACAGAAAAACCAAGACGUAAAUCUGUUGUACUGAUCAAAGUUCAAAGUACAUUUAUUAUCAAAGUAUGUAUACAUGAUAUGACCUUGAGCUUCAUCUCCUUGCAGCCAGAUAUGCACAAUGUGCAUAUGUAUUUGAAGUGCAUUGUAUGGCUGCUUCCUUAGCAGUUUUGUCCAAACUUAGUUUUUUGAAGUGAACUUAGAAAUUAUUUGAUAAGCCAAAAAUUGUCCUUAACUCUGUGACAGGUUACUUCUGCAACUUCUGUACAUUUGUAUUUAGAAUAUAAAGUAGUAAAGUACAGCAUAGGAGAAUGCCCUUCAGCCACAAUGUUAUCCCAGACUAAUCACGUUAAUAAUCAAAUGUUUAACGGAGCUAAUCCAUUCUGCCUGUACAAUGUCCAUAUCUUUACAUUUACUGCAAAUUUUUGUGCAUACAAGCCUCUUGAAUUCCUCUAUUGUUAUGCCUCCUCUACCAUCCAGUAAGUGCAUCCUGCACAAUCCCCUCCUUGUAACAAAAGAGCACUGCACACUUCCUUUGAACUUGCCCUCUCACUUUAAAUGCGUACCUUCUAUUGUUAGGCCUUUUGUAAAGUAGCUCAUGAACAUACUUAAGCCUUUCAGGAAACAAGAAAGAUACAUGGGAUGCAUCAGUUCCAGAAGGAGACUUACCCCCCACUUUUUAAAGACAAGAAAAGGGCAUUAAGAAUCAGGGACAGCUAUGAUCUGUGAAUGACUUUUUUAAAGAAUUCUUAAUUAUGACAAUCUUAGAAAGGCAAGCAAGUUUGAUUUUAUGUGAUGUGUGAAUAAAUCUGAGAGAAAGUAAUGUCAAAAUAUUAUUGGUGCAAAUGCUAAGAUCUUAACAUUUUUUAAAAUAGUUGUAUUCGAGUAUAAUAAACAGAAAGGGGAAAAAUAUGUGUAUAUAUACACUAAAUUGAAAGUAGAAUGAAGAACGUCAUUGGCGUUGAAAUCAGGCUGUGCAAUAGAAUAGAUGUUUUGAAUCUAUUUAAAAUUGGGAGCCGUUCCUCUGAAAUACUCCAAGUCCGUCAAACAGAACUAAAUGUUCAAAAACUCCAAGAUGAGCUUCUGUUCCAUAUCUUUGUCAUAACCUCCGGUAGUAGACAUGACAUUGUUCUGCAAUUCAUUCUCUUAACUUCUGCAAUCUAUUUUCAAGAUGCUAAACACAAGAGUAUCUGCAGAUGCUGGAAAUCCAGAGUGUACACACAAAAUGCUGGAGGAACCAAGCAGGUCAGGCAGCUUCUAUGAAUGGGAAACUUGUAGGCUGAGACUCUUAAAUGCUUAUCAUGUGCCUCUUUGACUAAGCUUUUGGCUUGAUGCCUUCAGACCUGAAGUGGUUCAUAGACUAUUUUAAUUGUAAUGUUUCCUUGGGACACUUUACUGUGUUCAAGCACCAUACAUUGUCAAGUUUUUGGUGUAGGUCAUUGGAAAAGGAUGAAAUUGGACCAAAAUGUGAUGCUGUGAAUUUAGCUGCUCAAGGAAGCUUGUAUUAAAUAACAGAAAGGUGUUGGAGGAUGAAAGAUGCCUGCGAAAUGGCUAGUCCUGGUGAAGAAUUAUUGCCAGGUGAAAAGCUGACAAAUAACAUUGAUUUGUUCUCAAUUACUUAGUUUAAUUGGCAAAGUAGGUUGUUUUCAUAAUACAUCUUUAGGGUUAUUUAACUGCUAAAAUAUUGCUUUUAAAUUAAAGCAGGACUAAUAGUGAGCAUGACCCAGGACGUGCAUAGUUUUUACAUGUCAGUGUUAAUUCCAGCUCAGCGUUGCUGCAACUUGUUUAUUAGGCCAUCAACUUAUUGCCUUUUUUUUGGAACUCAUUGUAUGCGAAUUAGCUGUUAUGUUUCCAGUCUUAAAAGAUU